AGCUGAGCGCAAAGGAUCGCCAAGCCGUGUCAAAAGCUUCCGAAUCCGGUACAGAUCUCAGUCGUAUGGAACGCUUUGCUAGUUUUGAUGAUUUCAUUGAAUUCGUAGAUCAACGCUCUAAUGCACUUUGUAUGAUAGCUGCAGAAGCUAAACUUAGUAAGAAUUUCCCUUCCCUUCAGUCUAAAUCUACCAGUAACAGCAAACAUUCACUUCAUACUAGCACGAGUUCCAAAUCACAGGAUUCGAAGGGACACACUCAGAAAUGCUCUCUAUGUUCUGAAGAUCACUAUAUCGGAGCAUAUCUAAAAUUCCUUGAAAAAUCCAUUUCCGAGCGUCGGAAUGAAGCACGUCGCUUACGCCUGUGCUUUAACUGUUCAGGUGCUCACAACGCGAAAAAGUGCAUGUCAAAGCGUAGGUGUUUAACGUGUAAGGAAAAACACCACUCGAGUCUUUGCAAUCCUUCAACAAGCGGAGAGACACCUAAAGAGCCUGUUUCUAAUCUCUCGCAAUCUACACUCAACAAUGUCUCGGCGCUGACCGCCAAUGUGUCAGCUCCAAAACAUUCUGUUGUCCUUGCUACCGCCCAAGUCAUUCUGAAGGGCCCCAAGGGAACUGAAGUUCGGGUUCGUGCUUUACUCGACCAGGGUUCUGAGGCCUCAUUUAUCACUGAAUCUAUAGUUCAUCUUCUUGGAUUACCUCGGAGCCGUACUCAGAUUUCACUGACAGGUUUGGGUGCAUCAGUCGCCGGAACUGCAAACUCUAGUGCUCAAAUCUCCUUGUGUUCAAUUCAUAAUUCUUCAUUUCACUUGGAGACUUGUGCGCUAGUUCUCCCUCGUCUUACUUCGCAACUACCAUCAAGACAACUCUUAGAGUUAGACAUUCAUCAAUUUGAUGGUCUAUCUUUGGCUGAUCCUCACUUUUUCAAACCCGAUUCAGUUGAUUUGAUCUUAGGAUCUGACAUUUAUUGUCAAAUUUUACGUCCCGGACUUAAACGUUUCCCAACUACUUUAUUGAUAGCCCAAUACAGUGUGUUAGGCUGGGUUGUUUCUGGUUCCAUAGACUGUAAUAUGGCACGACGGGCGGAUAUCAGCUUCCCAAAUUGA